CGGAUUCAGAGCUGCACGCCGCGUCCUCUUCACGAGCUGCUUGCCUUGCUCUUCUUCCUGCUCGCUAUGUCCACGUCCACCAGCUGCCCGAUUCCCGGGGGUCUGGACCGGCUGCCAGACUGCUACAGCACCACGCCGGAGGGCACACUUUACGCCACUACCCCGGGAGGCACCAGGAUCAUCUACGACCGAAAGUUCCUGCUGGAGUGCAAGAACUCACCCAUUGCUCAGACACCUCCCUGCUGCCUCCCUCAGAUUCCCGGGGUCACAACCCCAACAGCACCACUCUCCAAGCUGGAGGAGCUGAAGGAGCAGAAGGAGACAGAGGAAGAGAUACCCGAUGACGCUCAAUUUGAAAUGGACAUCUGAUCUGGUGCAAAUGACCUGGUGUGUGGAAUUAAAGAGGGAUCCUUCAUGCCGCUGCUGCCACCACCUCUUCCUGGUGUAUCCAAAGGCCAGCUGGCCUCAUCUAAUCUGGAAGGGCGUGGCCUGUUGGUUCUUGGCCUCCCUUAGUUCUGAGGCAGCUAGACCAGGGAUUGGAGUGGGCAAUUUGCCAAGCCCAUAGCUCUACUUUCUCUUUGGUCUGUAGUCCGUCCCUCCCCUUCCUCCCUGACCCCCAGCCCCCUUGCUCAAGGGUUGGGACUUGGAGAUGGAGUAUGUCACCUUCUGGCUGCUUAGUAAACAUUCAAAGAAA